UUGGAAUUGUUGUUUGGUUUGGAAAUGGAGAGGCAGGUGGCAACAUGGGCAGCUCAAAGGCCAGUGGUGAUCUUUAGCAAUAGUACAUGCGGCAUUAGCCACUCCAUCACCACGCUGCUCACCGAUUUCGGGGUUAAUCCGGCGGUUUAUGAGCUGGAUCAGAUGUCCAGAGGGCGUGAGAUCGAGCAAGCUUUGUCUAGGCUCGGAUGCACAAGCAUUCCUGCAGUGUUCAUUGGAGGUGAACUUGUUGGUGGAUCCAAUGAAAUCAUGAGUCUUCACCUUAAACAAUCCUUAAUCCCGAUGCUUAGACGCGCUAGAGCGAUUUGGGUAUAACUUUAAUCCCUCUAAUACCAACCUACAUACACAUAUCAGUGAAUAAUAAGCGUGUAUAAUGAAUAUCAUGAGUAUAUGAUCAGUCUCUAAUUAGCUACUAGGGUUUCUUGUGAGAGUAGCUAAUUAAUUAAUUAACUUUGUGUUAUAGUUUUUGUAAUGUAAUCCUAUAUGUAUGUGUUUUUGGUAAUAAUAAAGUUAAUGUUUGAUGUGUUCA